GCGGGCCCCACGUGAUGACUGCGUCAUCACGCCGCCGUACGUCACUCGCGCGCGCCCAACAUGGCGCCGAAGCUGGAGCGGUUCGUCAGUCCGGGCAAAGGCAACGGUGUGCGCGCCACAGUCGCCGUCAGGAGCGGAGCGCUGCUGGCUGCUGCCGAGCCGCUGGCCUGCUGCGUGUCCUCGCGACACUCCGCGAGCGUGUGUCACCGCUGCUUCACCAGACGUGACACUUUGUCCAGAUGCUCCAGCUGCAAGUUUGCACACUACUGCAACGUCACCUGCCAGACAGCAGCGUGGCCUGGACACAAGCGAGAGUGCAGGUGUCUGCGGCGCCUCCUGCCCCGGGUCCCCACAGACGCCGUCCGUCUGUCAGCGCGACUGGUCUUCGCUCUGUCGAGUCCCGAUGAGAGCAGACCUGAGGACCUGUACCCCCUGGAGGAGCACCUGUCGCACCUCACCUCCAUGUCCCAGCAGAAGAGGGAGGGUCUGUCUCUGCUGGCCUCCAUGCUGCAGCUCUACCUGCAGCCAGAAGAGGGCCACCUGUCCGCGCUGCCCACCCCCUGCCAGGACCCCCUGGAGCUGGUCGCCAAGGUGUCGUGCAACUGCUUCACCAUCAGUGAUGAGGAGCUGCAGGAGGUUGGAGUGGGCCUUUACCCCAGUUUCUCGCUGCUGAACCACGAGUGCCGGCCCAACUGUGCGCUGAUGUUUGAGGGGCCUCGCGCUCAGCUGAGGGCCGUGAGGGACCUGCGGCCGGGGGAGGAGCUCACCAUCAGUUACAUCGAGACGCUGCUGGACUCUCAAGGUCGUCAGAAGCAGCUUCAGGAGCAGUUCCACUUCAGCUGCCGCUGCAGCAGAUGCCAGUCCACAGACUCGGACCAGCUGCUGCUGUCUGGACCCCAGUCGUCCUGGAGCUCUUUGCGAGAGCAGCUCCGGAGCCUGGAGCAGCUGAAGAGCCAGUGCAACUGGGCCGCCCUCCGCCACGCCUGCCGGACCCUGCUGAGCGGCGCCGGCGCCGACCUGCCCCAGGAGAACGUCUUCAAGCUCAGGGUCACGGAUUUGGCUCUGGACGCCGCCGUGCAGCUGCAGCUGUGGGAGGAAGCGGCGGCGCUCGGGGAGGAGACGCUUCCUGCCUACAGGAAGCACUUCCCCGACCCUCACCCGGUGCUGGGGCUGCAGCUGCUGCGCGUGGCCAGGCUGCAGCAUCACCUGGGCCGGCUCCAGGAGGCCCUGGGCACCUUCGGGCAGGCCUUCCAGGUGGUGCGGGUGACGCACGGCGGCGAGGCUCCUCUGGCCGCCGACCUACUGACCCGGGUGGAGGAGUGCCGCCGCGAGCUGGAGCGGCCUCACCAAUAAAGUUCGGCUCUCUGCUUCAGUUCCGGUGUUGUCGCCAAGGUCACGACCUUCACAGGGAGCGGGGACGAAGGCACGGCUCCUUCAGAGGUUUAUAUUGGGACCGAGACAGAAGCAGGCAGACGGGAAAUACACACAUCACAGGAAGGUAGAAACCACGCGGACGGACGCGUCGCCAUGACAACGGCAGGUCGGCGGCUCAGUUCGACACAUGCUGAGAAAAUGCUCCGCUCCCCGACUCGCAGCGAGGAGAGGAGCCGGUGAACCACUGGUGACCUAGAAAAGCAGCGAUGGUGAACUCCCUCUGGUUUGGUCCCAUGAUUCAUGCAUGCUGAGUCGGAAGCGAGCCCGGGUCCUCCUCAUCACACCGCCUGUCCUGAGCGGCUCAGACCGCGGAGAGCCUGGAGGACACGUCGAAGCAGGUGACCAUCAUGAGGUGGGCCUUGCAGAAGUUGACCCGGGUCUCCAGCUUGUCCGUCAGCGUCUCCAGAGCGGCCAGGUACUCCAGAGAGUCGGCCUGGUGGACCUGCUGGAGCUGGACUGGAAGAGAAGACGGGGGUCACCGGGGGACGCGGGUGGACAGGAAGGCCGGGCCACUUACACUCGGAGGUCCAGGUCUGUGGCUCCAGCAUCAGGUGCUGCUUGGUUUGGUCCAGCUCUUUCUUCAGCUGCUGGUACUUGGCCCGGACCUCGCCGAUGCGCUGCUGCCGGUUCUCCAGCAGGCGGAGCUUCGCGCUGACGUGCACCAGCUCCUGACCGACACGGGGACAUUCACUCAUUCACUCUGGAGGUUGGUCCGACUGGCGGCUCCAGAACCGCGGGGGUUCUGGUCCUGCUGGAGCCUGCAUCAGGGACGCCUCCAGUGUUGCCUCACAAGCUCAGGUCAGUGAAGCUCUCACCGUGCUCGCCGCUCGCUCCUUCCUCCUCUGCAGCCGCUCCACGUCGUCGAUCUCGUACACCUUGAUCUCGAAGGCCUCUGUCGCAGCUUGGGCACGCAGGCCGCUGGAGGUGGGGGGUCCCAGAGGACCGUCCACCCAACAGGCGCCCGGACUGGAGGACGAGGACGAGGACGAGGUGGCGCCUUGUUUGGAGGAGGAGGAGGAGUCUGAGGUCAGAGCUGGGGUCAGGCGCCGGCGCUGGAGGCCUGCAGGACAGGAGUCGCGCCUGUGAGACACACCCUCGCCGAGCUCACUGGGGGCAGUGGGAGGAAACCAGAGUGCGUGGAGGGAGUCCAUGUCAGCGCAGAGAGAAGGAUGGAGGAGUCUUCAUGCUGCAGUCUGGACUCAGUGGAGGCUCUGACCGUGAACCAAGUGCCGGGUCACGUGACGUGUCAUCACAGGUCGCGGCCGGGGUCACGUGACGUGUCA